GAAAGCAUCACACAAUUUUAUUUCAUUUCUUCGCUUACGUGAAAUAUUUAUAAGUGUUUUAGUUUAAAAAGAAUAAAAUCUAUAAUAUAUUAAAAUAAUAGUGCUUAAUAAAAUAAAAAUUAAAUGAAUUAAGACUGAAAUAUUAAAAGCAUUUUAUAAAAUUUAAGAUAUCAAAAUAUAGCAAAUAUAUACAUAUAUAUAUAUAUAUAUAUAAAAGGCACAAUAGAAUUAUUACUGAAAAUAAAAAAAACAAAGAAAAUUUUUCCGUAGCCAUGGAUAAUGCUACGAGUACCCAGCGGGAGAAUGAACAGCGUGUAGCGGAAGAAUAUUUGUCCAGCUUAUCGGAUUUGAAUUGCAACAGCAAACCCUUAAUCAAUAUGCUGACCAUGUUGGCGGAGGAAAAUAUUGAGUAUGCGGCUGUCAUCGUUAAAGUCGUUGAAGAACAUAUUGCCAAGGUUCCUUCUGAAUUUAAAUUGCCAAUAUUGUAUUUAAUUGAUUCUAUUGUAAAAAAUGUUAAAAGCACUUAUGUGCAACUCUUCAGCCAAAGUAUUGUCAAUAUAUUUUGUGGAGCCUUCGAAAAGGUUAAUGAAAAGAUCAGAGAACGCAUGUAUGCGUUGAGGCAAACCUGGAACGAGGUAUUCUCCGCCCAAAGAUUAUAUGCUUUAGAUGUUAAAGUGAAACGUCUGGAUCACAAUUGGCCCAUAACAGCCAAACAACCUUCGAUACAUGUUAAUCCGAAUUUCCUAAAAGUUAAUUCUGCCCAGGCUAUACCCACAGAAAUGGAGAAAAUAUUACAGGAUAAAACGCGAGAGCUGCUGGAAUUGAGAAAACGGAAGCUAGAGUUGGAACUUGAGGCCACCAAAAAACAUUUAGAGGAACAAGAAAAACAAUUCUCCAAAACAGCCGAAGGUGUUAUACCACCCGUAGAAACUUUAGUGGCUGCCAAUACUUUACAAACAGUGGGAAUACGUGGUCCUCCUAUGGCAUCUCAAAUGAUGCCCAACAUUAUGCCACCCGGCUAUAUGGGGGGACCCACAAGUAUAGCAGUUAAUCCGGCCAUGAGACCUGCCAUGUUUCAUCCUCAUAUGAGAGGUUUCAGACCAAAUCUACACCCCAACAUGAUGAAUGCCCCGCCACAGGGUAUGUCCACAGCCAAUAUGAUGAAUGCAGGCAUAGCGGCAGCAAAUUUAAAUAAACCCAAAGUGCAUCCUGUAAACUCGGCUUUGUUAAAUUCUGUACGACAAAGAGAUCCACGCUUGCAGCGUCAGCAACAGCAGCAGCAGCAACAUCAGAAAAUGCAACAGAAUCAGAAUGGCGAAAGAUCUAUGGGUCAGCAGCAGAAUGUUGGCUCCACACACCUAGACAAAGAUAAACAAGAACGCAAUCACAAAAGCAACUACAAAUCUCCCACACGCAUCUCGUCUAGCAGCCGUUCAGCCGGCGGCAGUCGCUCUAAUAAAAGUUCUCAACGCGACAAAGAACGCGAACGUGAACGAGAUCGUAAACGCAGCGAGUCGAAAAGUUCUACCACAUCCUCCUCGUCUGCGGGUUCCUUAACAGCAAAUAGCGAACGCAAAAAGGGAUUUUCCAAGACAACGAACAAGCAAUCCUCAAAGUGCGAUAAAGAUGCCUUUGAGAUUGCCCCCUUGUCGACUGCAUUUAAACGUAAAUCCACUUCCCCCACAUCGUCACCCACAAAGUCGCGUGACUCGAAACGUUCCAAUAGCCAUAAAUCACGGAACUCUUCGCGCAGCAAAACAAGAUCACGCAGUCGUUCUCCAGAUGACAAAACCACAACGUCCAGAGCAUCUUAUGGUGAUGUUGAUCUUAGACGUACGUCCAUCUCGUCUAACUCGUCGUCUAUAAUUAACUCACCUGAAAAGCGGCCAAAAGUAUUAGAUUCUGAUCAUGAAAUUACUAGCAACAAAAAAGAGAAUUUAACACAGCCACCUGUUGCAGCUGCCGCAAACACAAGCGACAAUGAUCUAGACAAAAAAAAAUCUACAGAAAAUAUACUAUCAUCAGCAUCAGGAUCAUCAUCAGUUGCAACGACAGCGACAACUGCUAGCGCAGCUAACACGGUCGGCAGCAAUCCCUCCUCAACUAUGGAAACUUUAAAGGAUUCGGAAACGGAAAAGAAAGAAGAAGGCGGCCAAGUAAGUAAAGAUCUUGAAGAGGAUGGCAAAAAAAGGCCUUUGGCUCCGGUCAAAGAUGAAGAACCCGUGGCUAAAAAGAGUAAAUCGGCAAAGAUCGAUGCGUUAUUUGGUUCGGAAGAUGUAGAUUUGCGACAACUAAUACCACCACCCGUAUUAGCUGGUCCUACAUCGUCACAAGAUGAUAUUGCACCUCCACCGCCAGCCAUUCAUAUGUCCACCGAUAUAUCUAGAGAAAGCAAUGAAAACUGGGAUAAUCUUAAGACUGACAGCAAUAAAAACCCUACAACUAAGCCGAAAUCAAGUCUUGAAGAUGUCCGUGCAAAACUUGCCAAGACCGCUAAAUUAAGUAAACUUUCUAAAUUUGAUAAACUUACACGCGAUAUUGAUCACCGCAACAAGUUGGCCGAAUUGCAAAUGAAUGACGAUACCCAGGAGGCAAAUGAUGAAAAAAUACGCACCAUGAUUAGCCAAGCUCAAGAGCUGUUAGAGACCAACUCUAUUAGUCAAGAUCAAUACAAACAUUUGGUGAAAACGGUCAUGUCCAUAAAUGAAACCAACAAACUGAAAGAAGCCAAACGGCGAGAGUCUCUUAAUGCGAUUAAACAAAAGCAUAAUAAUGAUGAAGGCUCCAAUGAUUCCAGUGAACGUAAUAUGGCAAUGCAGGCCAUUCUAAAGAAACGUAUACCAAAAUUAAACAAGGGUCAAACGGCCUAUGAGCAAAACUCAAAUGCUGAUUCUCAACAUAGUGAAGGUAGUGCCGGUAAUGCCGAAGAUUCACCACGCACUGAGGAUAAGCAAGAUUCCAACGAUGAUCAAACACCACCCUUGCAAACCUCUACACGAACGAAUAGAGGACAACGUGAGAAGCGUGGACCAAAGGUGUCUAAGUGGGGAGAACGUGUUGUGGAACCCCCGAGUGUUAAUGUGCCUAUGGGACCGGGAGGGCCGCAACGUCCUUGGAAUCCUUUGAUGGCACCUAAUAAACGUGGUAUACCACCAUUUCGUGGUAAUGUACCUCAUAAUAUACGUCCAUCCUGGCCAAUGGGCAGUGGCAAUGGCAAUAUCAAUGGCCCACCCCAAGGGCCACCUCAUUUCGGUAAAGGCCACAUGGGCCCUAUACGUGGUAAUAACCUACCACCCAUAGGUCCCCCUCAAGCUCCUGUCAUACCUAAACCCUGCAACUCUAUCGACAAUCCCCAAGAAGAUGUAGUGCGCACCAUAACAAUCGAUGGUGCUGCCAAAGAAAUCCGUUUUUACGAUCAAGUGGCUAUAGUUUUCAUGGAGGUGGAUCAACCCAGAGAGAUUGGUUUCCAAAAUGGCCAACGUGGCAUUUGCAUUGAUAACAACGAGCCGGUGGUAUUACACUUCAACGCUGGCUACAAAUCCAUGCAAAUCGAUGGCGAAACAUUUAAUUUACGUUUUGGUUUCCCCUCGCGUGAAUUGUACAUUGACGAGCACUGGUAUGAAAUCUAUUUCGGAGGCCCACCCAUUAGCGUGCCCAUACGCAACAAAAUACAUAUGCUAAAGGCCGAAGGACCACCGCCACAAGUAAAUAUUGGUCCUUUAAGGCGAGAUUUGGUAGUGGGAAAAAUUAACAUGAUUGUCGAUGCUCACAAUGUUAUACCAUUGUUCUUGGAUGCUCGCUUGCAGACCUUCAAAUUAGGUGACAGUGAACACAGCAUACAAUUUGCCGACAAUCUUUUAACUGUUAUUUUGGACGGAACACCCACUCGCGUCGAAUAUGGUGGUUUACCCAAGAGUCUGUUUUUGGGCAGUAAAAAAUAUUUCGUACGUUUUGGGGCUUUGCCUCAGGGUGUAGUAGCGGGUAAAGUACAAAUCAAGGAUAUGCUGUAUGUUGAAACGAAACCACCAGCUAAAGAGGAAACAGCAAUGGAAACGGUGGAGACUUUGCCUUCACCAGCUGAAAUAAAUAAAGUUGAACUGCAAAAGACUCCAGCACCAACCUCCGUACCAAUACUGCCGGCGGCGGCUCUUAGUAAUAUAAAUAUUGAUGAACUUUUCCAGAAAUUGGUAUCCACUGGUAUAUUGGGCGGUUCAAGUGGUAUAUUACCAGCUGUUAAUAAUGCUGCCGCUGUUACUGCUCCAAAAGCAGAAACUAAAACGAUUGAAAGCGAUAAAUCAGUAACAGUUAUUUCUUCAGAAUCGAAUUCAACAGAAGAAGUUGCACCACCACCACCCUCGGUGCACAUGGAUCCCAUUAAGCCCAUUGACCUUUCGAAGCCGGAAUCAAUAAAAACACGCCAAGCUGCUAUUGUCGAAACUCUAUUCUCGGGCAUGCAAUGCAGCAGUUGUGGUGUUCGUUUUCCACCAGAACAAACCAUUAAAUACAGCCAACAUUUGGACUGGCAUUUCCGACAGAAUCGACGUGAAAGAGACACUUCGCGCAAGGCUCAUGCUCGCAAAUGGUAUUACGAUCUCAACGAUUGGGUGCAAUACGAAGAGGUUGAAGAUAUGGAGGAACGUGAAAAGAACUUAUUCGAUUCACAACAAAACGAUCCCGAAACUAUGGAUGAAACGUCUAAUCAACGUUCCACCAAUUCACCCGUACCCACGUGCUCGGCCGGAGUGGAUGAUGUGGAUCGUGCCUGUGAUAUGUGUCAAGAGAAAUUUGAGCAAUACUAUGACAAUGAACUGGAAGAAUGGCAUUUGCGUUCUGCCAUAAGAAUUGAAGAUAAAAUCUAUCAUCCACUUUGUUAUGAAGACUACAAGGCCUCACUUAAUCCUCCACCUAAGUCAAGUGACGAAGAGGAAGAAACUCCUAACACACAUGACAAUGAAAUAUCGACAAUACAAAUCGAUGAUGAUAAUGCAGUCGAUAUUGUGAUAAAAGUGGAGGAAGAUAAUAAAACCGAUAAGGAAAAUGUUGGAACUAGCCACACGCUUGAAGAUGAUGACGACGAUGUUAUUGUUUUGCCCAAUGAAGAGCCUUCGGUUACCGAAAUCGUUGACGAUGAUGACGACGACGAAUAUGUGCCGGCGAAUGUCACACGAGAACAAAUGGGCAAUGUGGAAGACGAAGAUGAGGGUCAGGGUCACGGCGAACUCAACGAAACUACAGAAUCUGAUGUUGAAAUACAGGAACCUCACAUUCCCUUUACGGACUUGGACACCUAUGUUGAGAAGGAAUUGCCUGAAGGAGAUGAUGCCUCACAAUUGUCCUUUAUGAAUGUGAAAAUUAAAGAGGAGCCAAAAGAAGACGAAGAUGAGGAUGAUGGUUUUGAAGAAGUCGGAACUGUAGUUCAAGCUCCCGAGGAAAUAUCCAUUAACAUCAGUGAAGAGACCCAAACUCAUACGAUUGAUUCGUCCAAUCCCGCUUUAUCGCCCAUACCAGAAAGACCAGCCUCAACAGCAUCCUCUGCGCAUCAGAAUGAAGACAUCGAAUCGCUAAUGGAACCGCCCAGUAUGGAUUUGAAUAUCUCAAUGGAUGGUAAUAUAGAUACGGCAGACGAGCACAAUCUGUCCGCUGCCGGUCCCGUUCCUACUGUGCCCUUGGCUAGUUUAGUUAAUAAGAUUAAAAUAAAUAUAACCAAGAACACUGUAACCACAAGUAGCAAUACUAGUACUAGUAGUAAUAACGCAACAGCAUCCUCAACGAUGUCGUCUAACUCAAUCAAUCAAACAGAUAGUUUAGGUCAUGCUGCAAGCUCAGUUUCCAAUCCCAUACCCACCAUAUCUACCAUACCAGUGUUGUGUGGUGGUGGUACCACAAUCAGUUCCAUAUCCAGUAGUCUAUUAGGCGGUGGUGCUGCUGGCGAAUACGACGAUCUAUCGGCAGUCGAAGAAUUCGGAGAAAACAGUGUAAGUACGAUUUCAGUAAUAGGCAGUUACGGCAGCAGUGUACCCACGAUCACCCAUAUAAAUCGACCGGUUGUAUCAGCCGCUCCCACCAUACCUCCACCAAAACCAGUCACACCGCCUCCCGUUGAAGAAACUAUAACUUAUGAACUAAAACCUGCGCUUAAAAAGGCUAGUUUAAGGAAAAAAGAAAAAGUGGUUUGCGGCAAUGAGACAUCGGGACUUUGUUCCAUUAUGUAAACCUUUGUUAUAAUAAAUAGUACGUGUAUGUAGGUGCAGACAUACACACUCACACACACAGUUACGCUGACACAUUAUUGUCGGCGUAUUGUUUUGUUAUGGUUGGAAAUUGUUUGUUUCUCUCCCUCUCCCCUAAAAUUCCUUUUUGUAUAUAUUUAACUCUAACGCGUUGGAAUCCCCCAAAACAACUGGCCUGGUUGGCCUGUUACCUGCAACAUGCAUUCAUCAUCUCUUACUAUUCGUUGAUUAGUAUUUAGUGUCUUUUUAUUUAUAUAUAAAUAUACAUACAAAUAUUUUUUUUUUAUUUUAUUCUAAGUGUAUCCAUAAUUAAAUUAAACUUUAAACAUGGUUCGCCUGUGGAUAUUUUCAUAUUUUUUACAUUGCCGCUUUUUAUGGCAUCGUCACAACCUCAAUCCACAUUUAGGUAAAUUUUAAAUUUUAUUUUCAUGUUUUUAAAUUAAAAAAAGAAAUUAAUUUUUAAUACAACGCUUUCUUCUCUCAAUCAUCAUAGUGCGGAUGAUCAACGCAAACAUUUUAAUUAAAUUCAAUCAAUUCCAAAUUCUUAAGAUUAGGAACUACAAUUGUUUUGUUUCAAAAAACCCUUCUUAGUACUCCUUAUUCCCAUCCCCAUUCUAAAUACUUUAAUAAUUUUAAUUUAUUAAUUAAUGAGAAUAUACAUAAUAUAUUAAAGAAAACAAAAAACAAUAUAUAAAAAGAAAGAUAAUAAAAUUUUUAAAUAAAAAUAAAACGAA